UUUGACCAGUAACAUGUUCAUGAAAGUAAUAAUAGAUAUGAAAGAGAUUAUAUGGGGUUCCAAUUUGUAGUUUUAAGACCAGGGUCCGAGUUAACGUGGUGGGCAUCGGGCUGGGUCGACCCAGAGUAUUAUCAUUAAUAUCCCACUGAAAACUGAGCUGUAAAUUUGUUUAACUAAAAGAAGCAGACAAAACUCCAACUUGGAAUAAAAUGGUUAUUGGAGCAACAAUGGCAGCGGUUGUAGCAAGACCCUCGUCAAUAGCGGUGCUUAGCAGCCAAAGACAAGGAGCCAGAAGCAGGUGGGUCUUCAGUCCUUUGGCCUUUUCAACCUCACCAGCGUCUUCAACAAGAAAGCUGGUGCUCUACUCAAAACCCGGAUGCUGUUUGUGUGAUGGCCUCAAAGAAAAACUCCAAGCUGCGUUUUUACUCUCUGGCCCUGAUUCUCUCCAUGAUGUAGAUUUACAGUUUUCUAAGGUGAGGGAUAUAACCACCAAUCCUGAGUGGGAGAAGGCUUACCAGUAUGAGAUACCUGUCUUGGCCAAAGUACUUUCUGAUGGUACUGAGGAAGCUCUACCCAGAUUAUCUCCUCGGAUUGGUGUGGAGCUCAUUCAAAAGAAGAUAUCAGCUGCUUUGAGACAGUAACUGCCCCAACUGCAACUUAAAAUCAAACCAACGAUCUUCUUCGAAGGGGAUAUCUUUAAGUAAAAUCUAUGCUUAUGACAAACAUAAUUUUAAUAUGAUGUAUUCUAGAGUUUAUUUCAACUUGUACUCAAUUGUAGCCGCAAUUUGUGAUAUUCUUAUCUUCUUAAGCUUUCACUUUUUUCUCCCUUUUCAAGCAAAAAAUGUAGCUUUAUAGCCAUCACUUUGAUAUGAAUAUGAGACUCAUUUGUGUUCUCUUUCAA